UGCUGGCCCACCACGCUCUCCUCUCCUUCUUCCUCUCCCUCUCCCUUUCCCGAGGUCUCGCAGCAGGCCGUCUCCGUUCCUUGACGUGCUACUUCCGGCUCGCUGCGCCUUGUCUCUCUCUCUCUCUCCCUGUCCGGCCGCCAGUCCUUCGAGGCGCCGGCCGCAUCUCGCUGCUCCGCGACGCUGCUCUUCCUUUCUUCUCGUGUCGCGCGAGCACACCGCACCACGCGCCAUCCAGCACGGCCGACUCCAUGCGCUGCGCCCGUGACGAGCCAUCCGUCACGUUGCCGUAGUGCACCUUCGCCAUCCUCGGGCACACCCGUCACCGCCCGCUCCGCCUGGCCGGACCUCCUUCGCACGCACCUCCCAGCGCGCGUCCGCCUGCUCUGCCUGUGCGCGUCGCGGCGCUGCUCCGCAGUGCGAGAUGGCCAGCAACGCCGGCGCCAUGGUCUCGCCGCAGUUCUCCGUCGCCUCCUCGAGCUCGUCGCCGGCGUACGCAUCGAGUAGCGGGCGUCGCGGCGGCGGCGGCAGCAGCUCAGUGGAGGAGCACCAGCGGAGCAGCAGCUCGCACGUCGCUGCUGCAGCUGCCUCCUCUUCCCUGCGCAGCGCAUCCUCUUCUUCCCUCGCGGCUGCCGCGCCGAAGAAAGCCUCGCCGUCAGACGUCAUCUUUGGCUCGUCUGCCGCUGCUCGUACAGUCGAAGAGCUCGGGCUGCAAGCCGAUGCGUCCGUCUCGGCAGGCAGUUCGCAGCAGACGUCUCCCGAGCAAGGCAGCUCUUCGGCCAGUCACUCGGGUCCGGCGACUGUCUUGACAGACGCAGCUGGAGCCCUGCCGGCGGCGAGAGAGGCACUCAAGGAGCCGGGCGUGCGGGAAGUGGAGAUUGAGGAGAAGCGAGAGCUGCCGGCCACUUUCGAGGAUGCGGACGUGGACGACGUGGUGCUACUGGUCGCGGACAUGCUCACGCGGCUCACCUCGCACAACGACCAUCUGCCAUUGCACCCUUCCGCAUUGACGCGCUUCCACUCGCGCGCCACGCCCGGCAUCACCAUCACCUCGUACCUGCGGCGCAUUGCGCGCUACACUUCGCUCGACAAGGCCUGCGCUCUCAUCUUGCUCGUCUACAUCGACCGCGUCUGCGAGCGCAUGGAGGGCUUCACUGUGUGCAGCCUGACCGUGCAUCGCUUCACCUGUGCCGCUGUCGUGUGCGCCAGCAAGGCGCUGUGCGAUGCGUUCAGCACGAACGGCCACUACGCGCGUGUUGGCGGUAUCUCGCUCAUUGAGCUCAACAUGCUGGAGAAGGAGUUCCUCAGCAUCAUCGACUGGCGUCUGACGUGCAGCGGUGUGCUGCUGCAGCACUACUACGCCUCUCUCGUGCGCUCGCACGCCUCCUACGUCCUCGCCGAGCCCAAGCCGUCCGAAGUCGUCGCCCCGACGCAGUCCGCCAACGACGUCUCGAUGGCCGAGGCCUCGUCGUCGUACGAGAGCAGCAACGGCGGCGGCGACAUGGUCGUCGACGAGGCGCCUGCCGCCGGCGUUCAGCGUGCGCCCGAGGAGGAGCGUCACGGCAAGCGACGGCACCACACGUCGCCACCUGCUUACUCGGACGCUUCAUCUGGCGCCAGUCCCGAUGCUCAUGCACGCAAGCGCAGCAGCGACGUCCACGGUGGCGUCUCGGGCGUUGGCUGAUAGCGUUUGCGCCGCGCCCGCCACUUCUGCACCUGCCUCUUCGCUGCUCCUUCUCAACUCAUCCGUCGCGGUUUCCUCCCUCCUCCUUCAUGCUCAUCUGUGCUUCCUCGAGACGCCCCACAUACACUCGCACGCUCCCGCGACGCCCUUUCUUCUCACCCUACAUGCGCUCGGCUUGCCCUUCUCUCCCUCGUCGUUGCAUCACGUCUCUUCCCCUGCCGACCACGCACAUCUCCGGGCCUGUUGCCUCUCACUCGGUCACGCAAUGACAAUGAAACUCGGCUUGACGCCUA